AGAAAACCUACACAAUUGUAAGCAGUUUACAUGGUGGUGCUAGCCUGGUCAUGUCAGUGCAGAAUAACACAGAUCUGAGGCCAGCUUUCUUCAUUCUGAAUGGGAUCCCAGGCCUGGAAGACAUGCACGUCUGGAUUUCCUUCCCGUUCUGUUCCAUGUAUGCAGUGGCUUUGGUGGGGAACUGUGGUCUCCUCUACCUCAUCUUCUUUGAGGACUCCUUGCACAGACCCAUGUACUACUUUUUAGCGAUGCUUUCUCUAACGGACCUUGUCAUGUGCUCUAGUACGAUCCCUAAAGCCCUCUGCAUCUUCUGGUUUCAUCUUAAGGAAAUCGGAUUUGAUGACUGUCUUGUCCAGAUGUUCUUCAUCCACACCUUCACAGGGAUGGAGUCCGGGGUGCUCAUGCUCAUGGCUCUGGACCGCUUUGUAGCCAUCUGCUACCCACUGCGUUACUCCACCAUCCUCACCAAUCCUAUCAUUGCCAAGGUUGGGUUUGCCACCUUCCUGAGGGGGGUGCUGCUAAUUAUCCCAUUUAUGUUUCUCACUAAGCGCUUGCCCUACUGCAGAGGCAAUAUAAUAAAUCAUACCUACUGUGACCACAUGUCUGUAGCCAAGUUGUCCUGUGGCAAUGUCAAGGUGAAUGCCAUUUAUGGUCUGAUGGUCGCUCUCUUGAUUGGGGGCUUUGACAUUCUGUGUAUCACUGUCUCCUACACCAUGAUCCUGAGGGCAGUGGUCAGCCUGUCCUCAGCAGACGCUCGGCAGAAGGCCUUCAGCACCUGCACUGCCCACAUCUGCGCCAUCGUUUUCUCCUACAGCCCAGCCUUCUUUUCUUUCUUCUCUCACCGCUUUGGGGGCCACACCAUCCCUCCAUCUUGCCACAUCAUCGUGGCUAAUAUUUACCUGCUUUUGCCUCCCACUAUGAACCCUGUUGUCUAUGGAGUGAAAACCAAGCAGAUACGAGACUGUGUCAUUAGGAUUCUUUCAGGGUCUAAGGAUUCCAAAAGCCACAGCAUAUAAAUACGCUUUGCCAGGGAAACAGAAGAAUUACACAGAAUUACCUGUUAAGG